AUUGAAUAUGGAGGUAAAAGAGGAGCUUACUGAUGGCCUGUAUCUCGCUAAUACAGUGUGAUUAGCCAUUGCCUUGGCUGUCCUAGUUAAGGUCUUUCUCUGGUAUCGCAAAAAAGUCGAAAACAGAAGAAAAUACGAAAAACUGCAAGAAAUAGGCAGAAAAGUAAAGGCUACAAGAGACGCAAAAGUUCAAGAAUUUUUGCAGAUUCAUCAGAAAGAUUUUCCAUCCAAGAAGAGAAUGCAAGAGAUAAGGGAAGAAUACCCAAGCUUAAUGUCUUUGAGACAAGCCCUUGACAGUCGCAAGAUUACCAGCAAGGAGCUUGUCAUGACUUAUAUUCAUCAAGCAGCCACUGAAGGAAUGGAACUAAAUGCUCUUGCAGAUGUGAUGUUCGAAGAAGCUUUUCAAGAAGCCCAAGAAUGUGAUAAAGAACUCCAAAAAGGAAACCUCAGAGGUUUCCUUCAUGGUAUCCCUAUCAGCUUCAAAGAUCAGUUCAAUAUCAAAGGAACCCCUUCUACUAUUGGAGCACUAGCAUGUGCUGAAGAUUUCCCAGAAGAAGACGGAAUUAUUGCUGAAGUCCUUAAAAAGCAUGGAGGGAUCCCAUUUGCUAAGACAAACCUUCCUCAACUGAUGGGAUCAGCUGAAUCACUCACUCGGCUCUGGGGGAACUGCUGUAAUCCUCGAAACCCUGAAAGAGUUUCAGGUGGAUCUUCAGGAGGAGAAGGAGCCCUUCUCGGGGUCAAAGGAUCUCCCAUCGGUAUUGGAACCGAUGCGGCAGGAAGCAUUAGAAUUCCUUGUAGCUUCUGAGGAGUCUUCGGGUUUAAACCCUCUUACAAAAGAAUGACCAAGCUCGGAGCUAGAGAUGUUUGUCAGAUGGAUGAAACAGAUGGAUGUGUUGAAAUCACUGGUACGACCGGCCCAAUGGGCCACAACGUUGAUGACUUGAUGCAAAUUAUGAAGAUAUUUUUAAGCCAAGAUGUUUUUGAUAAAGAUCUAACUAUCCCUCCUGUCCCUUUUAACGAAGACGACUAUGACCAAAACCCAACCAACCUCAGGUUAGGGUACUUUGACUAUGACGGUUUCUUUUACCCGUGUAAAGCUGUUAGAAGAUCAAUCGAAGAAACAGUUUCAGCUUGUAAAAAGGUUGGAAUUGAAAUGGUAGAGAUUGAGGUACCUAACUCAAAAGAAUAUACUGAUGCAAUGGCAAAAUUUUUCCUUGGAGAAUCUAAAAGAGACGAAAUCAUGCUUCAAGGAGAGCCACCAAUUAUCGAAGAUGAUCCUACGCAAUACAUUUCAAUGCUUCCUUCUUUUGUCAGAAAUAUCCUAGCAUCUAUUCUCCCUCAUAUCGGAAUGGAAAGAGAGUCUAUCUUCUUCAGAGCUCUAGGGGAUCCAUCAAUAGGAUUAUAUCUUGAGGCAUGCAAAGAGAGAAGGAUCUUUGAGAGAGCAUUUAACAAGAUUUUGGAUGACAAGGAAUUAGAUGGAUUUGUAUUCCCAGGGGUAUCUGGACCAGCUUUCAAGCAUUACAAGUCUUCAGAACUCAGUGCUAUCAUCCUUAUAACUGUGAUAGCUAACAUGAUUGAUGCUCCUUCCUGUGUUAUUCCAGUAUCAACUGUAACCAAAGAAGAUCUUGCUGAAGAAUAUAAUGAUCCAAAGUAUCCAAAUGAUCAGUUCGUAAAAGAAGCCAGAAAAGAUUGGCAAGAUUCAGAAGGAAUGCCAGUUGGCAUUAAAGUCUGCAAAAGGACAUACGAAGAAGAGAAGUGCAUUGGCAUCGGGAAAAUAAUAGAAUCUGCACAAAAAUAG